AUGAUAUCAGGUAGUCCGACAUUCUUUCAACAGAGAGGGAGAAGCAAUAGACCUGUAAUAAGAUGGAGACCACCGAAGGAUACAUGGAAUUGGACAUCGGAGCCAAGAAACGAAAAACCAUUUUUUACACCGUCCAAUUUUACCCACAAAUUGCCACCUACAGCUAACGAAACUGAAUUGUUAGCACACAUGGCAACACUCAAAAGAAAUUACUCCCGUCUUCUUUGGGACAAUGAUAAGAGCACCAACUUACCUUUAUUCGUAGACAAAGCUCUGAAACUGUUAAAUUUAAAGCAGGUCUAUUACGAAGUAGAACAUUCAGUUAUGUCAAGGGUUUCUUGUACAGCGUGCAAAGCUGGCGCCGGACUCUUACAACAUUAUAUAAAGCUAGGUAAAAGCAAGGAAGAAAUAAAUAAAAUGAUAUUUCAGUUUUGUGUUUCCCUUAAUAUACAGUCAGCACGUGUGUGUGAAGGUAUAACGAGAUUGUUUGGGAGCGAGGUUGUGUACGUUUUAAAACGCAUCACGAUAGGCCCAGAUGAAAUAUGUAGUUUUGUCAUUGGAGAUGCUUGCGGCGACGUAUACAAUCCAUAUCAUGAAUGGGAAGUAUCAUUCCCUCCAGUACAAAAGCCACCAACACAAUCACUAGACGCGCCAGUAGAGAAGGCGCCAACAUUUAAAGUUCUUCAAAUAUCUGAUACUCAUUUCGAUCCUUAUUAUGCAGAAGGCGCCAAUGCAGAAUGCAACGAACCCUUAUGUUGUCGAGUGUCAAGCGGACCGGCCUUGACACCGGGCGGCGGUGCAGGUCGCUGGGGAGACUAUCGCAAAUGUGAUACUCCAAAACGGACCAUCGACCACAUGUUGAAACAUAUCGCUGAUACGCAUCCCGACAUAGAUUAUAUUCUAUGGACGGGAGAUUUGCCCCCGCACGAUGUUUGGAAUCAAACAAAAGAGGAAAAUUUGAAGGUUCUACAAGAAACCGUUGCACAAAUGUCGGAUAUGUUUCCAGGUGUACCGAUUUUUCCAGCACUUGGAAAUCAUGAAUCUUCUCCGGUUAACAGUUUCCCUCCGCCGUACAUCUCGACACCGGAGUCAAACAUCGGGUGGCUGUACAACGAACUAGACGCGCAAUGGCGGCGCUGGUUGCCCGCAGGCGUCUCGCACACGGUGCGCCGCGGAGCCUUCUAUUCCGUGCUCGUACGCCCUGGCUUCCGUAUCAUAUCACUUAAUAUGAACUACUGCAACAAUAAAAAUUGGUGGUUAUUAAUGAACAGUACAGAUCCAGCUACAGAACUUCAAUGGUUGAUAUACGAAUUGCAAUCAGCGGAAUUCAGCGGAGAGAAGGUGCACAUCAUUGGUCAUAUACCGCCCGGACACUCGGAUUGCAUCAAAGUUUGGAGCCGUAACUAUUACGCCAUUAUCAACCGAUAUGAAUCUACUAUUACCGCUCAAUUUUUCGGACAUACCCAUUUUGACGAAUUCGAAGUUUUUUAUGAUCCUAACGAUCUAGGAAGGGCAACUAGUAUAGCUUAUGUUGGACCAUCAGUAUCGCCAUACUAUGAUUUAAAUUUAGGAUAUCGUAUUUAUUAUGUAGACGGGGACCAUGACGCUACAACGAGGCUUGUGGUCGAUCAUGAAACCUGGAUCAUGAAUUUAAAAGAUGCAAACCUUUUUGGUUACCCAAUUUGGUAUAAAUUGUACUCGGCGCGGUCCGCGUAUCAAAUGCAGGCUCUAAGGCCACAAGACUGGGAUAAGUUUAUAGAUGAUAUGACUUACAAAGAAGACAUUUUUAAUUUAUAUUUCAAACACUAUUGGAAGAACAGUCCACGUCGAGGUUCAUGUGAUGGCGAGUGCCGCAAGCGGCUAGUGUGCGACGCGCGCUCCGGCCGCUCGCACGAUCGUCGCGCCCUCUGCGGAAAUAUAGAGGCGCGCAUCGACAGCACCGCGCCUGCGCCGCAAACUUGGCGCGCGUGGCUCUACAAUGGCAUCUCUGUUUCAGAUAGUCCUAGCGUACAGCAAGUAUAG